GAUAGGAUCAGCGGUGUAUGCGUCGAGCAAACGCCGGUUUCUGUGUCGCGGAAGCUCCCAGGCUGUGGUUGGGAGUUCGACUGGGGCGGUUCUCUGCGCACCACGUGGGCUUCGCAGCGUCGACGGAGCGCGCGUAUGUGUGUACUAGACGCAGUGCCUUGCGACGCACGAUAGCACGGUGGAAACAGAGUUGGCGAAGCCGAAGAUGGAUGACGACGCCGUCAUUUAUUGCGUCCGCUAUACCCGUUCGCCAUCCCGAGAUUCCUCUCUCCCCGCGGGAUUACCCGUCUCGCAUCGCACGCCCCUGGAGAUACAUGCAACACGCGCACGCAACGAUAUCGGUGCUACGCCCUACACGAUCGCGCAGCACGGCCUCCUAUGGCGCUCAAACACUGUCAACAUGUCCGCACGACAUUGGGCCAGGGCAGAAGACGUGCGGACGGAGGUUCGCGGAAGGAUCAUGGUCUUGUCACGCCAUGCCCUCCGUCGUCGCCUUCAUCGAGCCAGCAUGUCCGCCGAGCUCUACGGCUCAUCCGUAGUCCCCAACACAUCUCCUGCCAGUGCGGCAGACGCCGUCGACGUGUAUAGCAAACCCCGAGCGAAGGCUCUGUUCUCGACUUACUAUACAAGCCGGUGCGUCUUCCGAAGCGUCCUCCCUCUCCGAGUCCUUAUGCACGACUUACGGUGAGCCGGAGAGAUCCCCGUGAUGUCGCUCGCGCGGCAUAUUCCACUUCCAGUAUCACCUGAAUGGUGCAAAGACGAAGAAGAGCUUCGCCGCCGUCAUGGAAUCUGCCUCGAGUGCGAGCAUGACGGCCGAUAUUAUCCAACGUUCAGACGUCCCUCCACAAAUAUUUCGCAUCAGCCGCAAUACGUUGGUCUCAAACACUGUACCUCGUGUCACGUCAAAAUAAGCAACAUCGACCUGACGUCUCUUCCACCGCUGCGCCGGCGUGCCAUUCAUGUAUAUCCCACAAUAUCUGAAGGCGCGGGCCGCCCCAGACGCGCACCACGCACCUUGGGCUUUAACUCGCGCCAAGGCGGGUCCUGCGCUUGAGAAUCAGGGACGACGAGGGCCCGGUGAGGCAUGGUCCGUGCAACUAUUCAUGUUUUGUGUUUUGGAGGCUUAUGUAUAGGCUUGCACUUCGACGGCGCUCAC